UUAUGAAAGGUACUGUAUAUAGCAGUCAAACUGGCAGCGUAGGAGGUGGAUGUUACGGUUUGGGCGGCGAUAACAAUAUAACUGAUGUUACGACCAGUAAUCCUGGUACCAUGUACACCUUUUACUCUGAUUACGGCUGCACAGGAACAGUACUUGGUCAAGGCACUGAUACAACCCAUUUCAAUCCGCCGCGUUAG